GAAAACUAGGGCAAGCCUUUUAAGCCAUUCCAUCAACAGUUGGUGUCUUUCUCUUUCUCUCUCGCUGCUUUCUACUGUUGAACUCAAGCGAGGAGCUUUCCUUCUUUCCUGCAUAGCCGUGCUUUGCUCCGAUUCAAGACUGUCAAAAUGUUCACUUCAAUGAAGAAGAUCCACAAGGAUAAGGGUGCUGAACCCACCGAGUUUGAGGAGACAGUUGCCCAAGCUUUGUUUGAUCUUGAGAACACAAACCCAGAGCUGAAGAGUGAUCUUAAGGAUCUUUUCAUCAACUCAGCACUUCAAGUUGACGUGUCUGGAAACCGCAAAGCUGUUGUUAUCCAUGUUCCAUACAGAUUGAGGAAGGCUUUUCGCAAGAUUCAACUUAGGUUGGUGAGAGAGCUUGAGAAGAAAUUCAGUGGUAAAGAUGUUAUUGUUAUUGCCACCAGGAGGAUAACUAGGCCACCAAAGAAGGGUUCCGCUGUGCAGAGGCCUCGUUCUCGCACACUCACCUCUGUCCACGAGGCUAUUCUCGAGGAUAUUGUCUACCCUGCUGAGAUUGUUGGAAAUCGUACCAGAUACAGAGUCGAUGGAUCCAAAAUUAUGAAGGUUUUCUUGGAUUCGAAGGCUCGCAAUGAUACCGAAUACAAGUUGGAAUCGUUUUCUGGAGUUUACAGAAAGCUCUCUGGCAGGGAGGUGGUCUUUGAAUACCCAAUUACAGAGGCUUAAAAAGCUAUCAAGUUUUUUGUCCUUAUUUUCCAUUAUUUUGUGAUGGAUUACAUUAUUGAAUUUUGUUAGACUUGUUUGAAGCUUUUUCAUUACAUGCAAUUUGGAACCAGGAAGUGUAUUGUUUUCUUCACAGAUUAUUCAUCUUUUCAGGUUAAAUUACAGUUUUAAAUGUGGAUUUAUUGCCA